CAGUGUAAAAAUAGCUCUCACGUGAUAGGAACGGCGCUAAAAAUGGAAGAUGACACGUUUCGCUGUGGUACCUAGCAGUAUGGAAAUCUGAGAAUUCGAACUUAUAGCUUCCUUCUCAGUCUAUACUUUCCAAAGAUGCCAUUUACUUUAAGCAUAUAAAUCUGUAUAAGGCAAUUCUUCUGGAAUGACAGACAUUUGUAAAGAAAGGCAGGCUGAUGAGGUAGAAGCCUUAUCUGCAAUAUAUGGAGAUGAGUGGUGUGUUAUAGAUGAGGAAGCUCAUAUUUUCUGCAUUCGUGUCAGUGACCAAACCCAGAAUGGAAAAUGGACCCUUAGCAUUCAGAUUCAUUUACCAGAUGACUAUCCUCUUCAGUCACCUCCACAGUUCCAGUUGAAUGCACCAUGGCUUCGAGGCAUGGAGAGAACCAAUCUUGAGAGCAAACUUUCACAGGUUUACUGUGACAAUUUAGGAGAAGAUCUGAUCUACCUUUGGGUAGAAGCUGUUAGAGAAUUUCUGCAGAAGAAGGCAGAUUAUGCAGAAGUAGACACAAAUUCUUCUGAAUGGAAAUCUCAGCGAGUGUCUGUCCAGACACAAGAGGCUGAUGAUGCUGAUGAUGGGUUUGAUUUGUCACUACUGGAAGGAGUUUUGACUUCUUCGUUAGAAGAUGUUGAGGAUAAACAUGAAGAAUAUGAAUGCCCCAAAAUAAAUCAUGGAGAAAUAAUAACUGAUCGUCGUAGUACCUUCCAGCCACAUCUAGCAGUUGUCUUCUUCAAGCAGCAGGUGCGACAGGUCCUUGAAAAACUCAUACAGAAUAAGAAGAUUGCCAAUGCAACACACAACAUGUAUGCUUAUAGAAUAGUACAUCAUGAAGGCAGCACACCAAGUAUAUUCCAGGGCUGUGAUGAUGAUGGUGAAACACAUGCAGGCUCUCGUAUGCUUCACUUGCUUCAGAUAGUAAAUGCAGAAAAUGUGAUGGUGGUGGUGUCUCGCUGGUUUGGUGGCAUUCACUUGGGGCCAGAUCGCUUUAAGCACAUCAACAACUGCACACGAAGUAUUCUGGAAAGUCAUGGCUAUCUUGCCCAGCGUGAAGACAAGAAAGGUCCACGGAGUGGAAAAAAAAGGAAAUGAUCUGAAGGAAGUGCAACUUGUACAGAAGUUGGUGCUAUUGAUUACAAAUGCUACCAUAACUUGUAUACUGGACUUUGUAUUUGUAGCUGCCACCUGUUCUAUUAUUAGUAUUUUGUACAGUGAUGAUCCGAACAGUUGAGAAAUUAUCAUCUCCAGGUGAUCAUGUGAUAACAAAAAAUAAGCAUAAAGGAAACCCAUAAAAUAAUGUGUUUUGAUUAAAAAGCGAAAGCCAUGCUGGCGAGAACAGAGAAUGCUUGUAUAAAGGCUUUUUUCAUUUUAAUUUACUACUUUUGGUUAAUGAUUCCAAAAGCUGUUUCAUCUGCGUUUUCAUAGUUCUUAGAAGAUGUUGGAAACAACUAUAAGUGGCUUUUUGAGUGGAUAGAUGUUGCAACGAAUUCGUUGUCUUAAGACAUGGGAAAAUCACCAUCAGCAGUAACAAUAGCAACAAUGAAGACUUUUGAUUGCCUUUAUUUUUUUAAAUAAACUUGAAAAGUUUAUUGCAUGUGAAAAUAGUUUGUCCAUUUGUUGACUGACAAAUUUGGGAAUGGGAUCAUAUACAUUUAUAUUCCACCAUCUUUUGGUGCUUUGUGCAAACGCCAUCUUUUGAGACUAUGUUCCACACUGCUUGCCAAGGGAGAAUCCUUUGUCGAAAUCCUGCUAACAUCCCAUAUUACCUGAGUGAGAAGUUAUGCAUGCAAUGUUUGGUAAAUGAAACAAUUAUUUCUUCAUAAGCAUUGUUUUGUUAGGUCUGUUCAAUACUUUUUUGACGUUCUCGGUUUUAUAGUUUUCUGAGUAGGCAUUUUGCAGGUUCCCUUUAGAUAUUUUACAAUGGGCAUGUAUUGAUCAGAAAAGAAACCCAAAUGAAAUUUGGCUGAUUUUUUUUUUUUGGGUUUGUGAAACAGUAAUUCAUAAAAAAAAUAGUACAAGAAGAUUAAUGAAAAAAAUUCAAUGAGUUAUUAUAAGGCAAAGGCAAUGUAAUAGUUUACUUAAAGCAAACAAAGUUGUCAGUUAUUUUACAUUUAAUAAAACUAAUCAUAUAACAUAUGUAUGAAUGUAAAGAAUAAGUUGAGAUGUAAGGUGGUGUUGCAGUAAACUGAAAAUCAGUU